AUGAUGCCUAGUCACGCUCUUUGUUGGGCGUUGUGCUCGCUACUGCUCCCCGGACUCACCGUUGGAAAACUUAUCCGCGAGGAGAUCACAUUAACAUGGGAUUUGGGAGCACCCAACGGUCAUGUCAGGGAGAUGAUCAAGAUGAACGGAGAUUUUCCCGGGCCAUCUUUUGUAUGGGAAGAGGAUGAUGAUAUUGAGGUCAUUGUUCACAAUAAAAUGCCAUUUAAUUCCAGCAUCCACUGGCAUGGGUUAAUGAUGCAAGGCACACCGUGGUCCGAUGGCGCGCCUGGGGCGACACAGCUCCCCAUUGAGCCUGAAGAGAUAUUCAUCUACCGAUUCAAAGCCAGUCCAAGUGGAACCCAUUGGUACCAUGCUCAUUCGCGAACGACACUAUUGGAUGGUCUAUACGGAGGCAUCUUUAUCAGGCCGAGUCAAGGCACUCCUGGGCCUUGGAGCCUGAUUUCCAAAGACAGAUCAGACAUUCAAGCAAUGGAAAAGGCCUCUAGUAAUCCGAAACAGGUGCUUGUAUCUGACUGGACGCAUUUUAAAUCCUGGAAUUAUAUGGAAGCUGAAGAAGCCUCAAAGUUUACAAUCUUCUGUGUGGAUAGCAUUUUGCUUAAUGGCAAGGGGAGUAUUUUUUGCCCUGGAGAAGAAUAUUUGGUCAACCACACCAGCACAUACAUGAAAUGGGCUCUGUAUCCGGGCCACGUCAAUGACAAAGGAUGUUUUCCGUUCAUGAAAUCUACCGAGGGUCCAUAUCUCAGCCAGGGAAGACCAGAAACAAUUCCUCUACACCUUCAAAAGGGUUGUGUCCCCGCCACUGGUGACCAGGAAGUGAUCCACGUCGACCCAAAGUCUAGAUGGGCAAGUUUGAACUUUAUCGGUGCCGCCACCUUCAAAACGACAAUAUUUACGAUAGACGAACAUCCCAUGUGGGUUUACGAGGUAGAUGGGCACCGCAUCGAACCGCAAAAGGUCGACACAGUCAAAAUGUACGCUGGCGAACGAUACUCAGUCAUGAUCCGACUGGACAAAGAGCCAAAAGACUACACGAUACGCGUAGCAGACAGUGGGUUGACUCAGAUCAUUUCAUCCUUUGCCACGCUUCGCUAUGCGGGGAGUACGGGCGCUCCUUCAACCAGCCGUGGAGUUAUCAACUAUGGAGGCCAAAAUACUACUGCGGUCGUGACGCUCGAUCGCGAUCAUUUGCCGCCUUUCCCACCACUGAAGCCAGCGGCAAGGUCGGAUGAGCACUAUGUUCUCCACACACACCGGUGGCUCAGCGCAUGGCAGUAUACCCUCAGCGGAGGAGGUAUGUGGCAAGAAGAUCGCAGUGCAUACACACCAUUACUUUACGAUAUCAAUCAGCCAGAUGCCCAAGACGAAAACCUUAUCAUUCGCACACGGAAUGGGUCUUGGGUUGAUCUCAUCAUCCAGGUUGGAUCGCAGCCGGGUCAGCCUCAGGAAUUCCCACACAUGAUGCACAAGCACACAGGCAAAAUGUGGCAAGUUGGAGCAGGCGAGGGUAUCUGGAACUACACGGAUGUUGACGAAGCGAUGGCUGCCGAGCCACAUCGGUUCAAUCUCGAGAACCCCAACUACCGUGACACAUUUAUCACUUCAUUUGAUGGGCCUUCCUGGAUGGUGCUGAGGUACCACUCUAUCAAUCCUGGUCCGUGGCUUUUCCACUGCCACAUCGAAACUCACCUGGCGGGUGGCAUGGCAAUUGCUCUGUUAGAUGGUGUCGAUGCAUGGCCGGAGAUUCCCCCCGAAUAUGCACCCAAUCAAAAGGGUCUUGUGCCUGGACAGCCCGUCCCACGACCGGGGAUUUAUCUGCCAUUACCAGAGAAAAGGCCGGACCACGAUCUUUUAUUCGCGGAGGAUAUUGUGCAGGAAGCGGCGGAGAUGGAUAUGGUUGAGUCGUAUCGAUAUUCGAAAGCUUGGAAUUCGGUGUUGAAGAAGAUGAUUGGAUUCCUUGAGACGAUCAAGUCCACUCCGGAGUCAUAA